CUCUUACGGCGGCGGGGUGCGGUGCGGCGGCGGAGCUAUAUAAACCCCCGGGCGAGGGGCCGUCGCGAAAUCACUGCAGGCUCGGCUCUUGGGGAGCCCUCGGCAGGAGAGCUGGGAGCGGCGCCUUUUUCUUUUUGAGCCGGUCCUGCUUUUACACUAUUCUUUUUCUUUGUCAAGGGAUUUACAGCGGCUCCUGGAACGGCUUUCGAGCCUCCUCCCUCCGGUCCUCGAGUCUUUCAGCUUCACGUGGCUUCUUCUCCGGUCUUCUCCCUCUUUUCUUUCUUCUGAGAUGCCUCCCAACCUCACUGGCUACUACCGAUUCGUCUCCCAAGACAACAUGGAGAAUUAUCUCCGUGCCUUAGACAUCAAUGUGGCUCUGAGGAAACUGGUUUGCCUCCUGAAGCCAGACAAGGAGAUUAUCCACACCGGAGACCACAUGACUAUCCGCACAUUAACUUCCCUUCGAAACUACAUCAUGGACUUUGACCUGGGAGUUGAGUUUGAAGAGGACUUGGGGCCAGUGGAUGGGCGAAAGUGCCAGACAACUGUCUACUGGGAUGGAGAUCAGCUGGUGUGUGAACAGCGAGGAGAGAAACGGAAUCGGGGCUGGAAGCACUGGCUAGAAGGGGAUCAGCUGCAUUUGGACGGCUGCCUCUCCCACCACAGGACAAACACAAGGAAAUAAACUGAACAUAAUGAGUACUGCGUAUGACCGCAGAGGAUGAAGUUUGUGUCCAGGUCUUCCAGAAAGUGAAGUGAUCCCAAACCCAACGCAUGCCUUGUUCCAAGCGCUAACUUCUGGACACAGCAGACAUCAUACCCUCAAACUAGGACCAGAAUUAACCAGUCAAUUUCUCACACUUUGUAUUAAUUUUUUUUCUAUUAAAAGUAUUACAGAUGACCAACAA